CCACAAUUGGCCCUCCCCGAUACACAAAAUGAAUUUCCUGUCGCGGUCACUGACCACCCCGCCAGCGACGGCGGCAACAACCACGCCUUCGCCCGCAGUCGAGAUUCUCAGGCACUUUCAACAAGAACACCCAGACAUCAAAUUCCUGCGCUGGCAAUGGCAGGACUACUCGGGCGUGCAGCGGGCGCGCGUGGUUCUGCUGGACACCGCCAUCGCCCAACUGGCCGAGGGCCAACCCAUGAAAGCGACCGGGCUGGCGCUGACCUGCUCCGUCGACAACCACCUCAUCCCCGGCACCCCGACCGACGCGCAGUUCUGGCUCGUGCCGGACUGGACGACGCUGCAUCCGACCAUCAGCCCGGGGAGCGCGCAGGUGCUCUGCUCGCUGGACUACACCCUGCCGGGGCAACCGAUGACGCAGGCGCUGUGCCCGCGCCACACGCUCUCUCGGGUGCUCGAACAGGCCCAGACGCGAUGGGACCUCUCCUUCCUCGUGGGAUUUGAAGUCGAGUUCGUGAUCAUGAAGCCGCACCCCGAGACCGGCAGGCUGGAGCGCUACAGCCGGGGAUGGGGGCUGUUCUCGGUCGCGGGGCUGCGCGACCCGUGCUACACGCACGUCGAGCAGUGCGUGCUGCAGCUGCAGGCGCGCGGGGUCGACAUCCAGGCGAUCCACACCGAGGGCGUCCGCGGCCAGUACGAGUUCGCGCUGGGGCCGAAGCCGCCCCUGCAGGCGGUCGACCAGCUGCUGCUGGUGCACGGCUACCUGAAGGACACCUUCGCGCCGCUGGGGUGCGCCGUCACCAUGGUCCCCAAGCCCGUGCCGGGCGACCCGCUGGCCAACGGCCAACACACCCAUCUCUCGCUGCAGCCGAGCCCCGCGCCGGAACUCGAGGCGUCGUUCCUCGCGGGCAUGCUGAAGCGGCUCCCCGCGCUGUCUGCGUUCUGUCUGCCCCAGGAUGUCUCGUACGAGCGGCUCAAGCCGUUUGUUGGCGGCGCCGAUGCCGUGGGCUGGGGCACCGAGUGUCGGCUCACGCCGGUCCGCAAGCUCGAGCCCGGCCGGUGGGAGAUCCGCUGCGUCGACGCGAUGGCCAAUAUGUAUCUCACGCUGGCGGCGGUCAUCGGGGCCGGGUUGCUGGGGUUGGAGGGCCGCGAGCCUCUGGUCUGGCCGGAUCUGGGGGAUCCGGUGAAUGCGAACGCGGACCCCGGAGAGCCGCUGCCCAAGAGGCUGGAGGAGGCGCUGGACGUGCUGCACGCGGAUGCGGACGGACUGGCGAACGUGAUCGGGAGGAGGAUUAUUGAUCUGUAUGUGGCGACGAAACGGUUCGAGGUGGCUUCGCUGGCGAAGUUAGAUCCAGAGGAGGUGCGGGGGUUGUUCGUUGAGUUGUUCUAG